GACACGACACAAAAACUUUGGUUUCUCCGUCUUUGUUGGAGAAAUGCAUUCACUUCCACCUCUUUAACUUUUUUUUUUUUAAUUUCAAAAGGAGGCUUCUUCUCUUUCAGAUGAAUGCUCUUCAGAUGCCCUGUCCCUUGUUGUUCCAGAUUCGAAAUACCAAACUUUCCUUUCUAUAACACCUCUUUCAUGGCUGCCUCUCCCACGCACUUCUCUAUCUCCCAUAAUCCUACUUCAAAGUCUCUCUUUAAUCUCCAAAACCAAUCGAUCUUCGGCUCCAAGGACAAUUUCAAGGAAAUCGAGAAAACCCAAUUGAGAAUUCCGCCUUCCUUUAGAAGAAAAACUGUCAACUUGCAACUGAUGGCUUCAGGAAAGACACCUGGACUGACUCAGGAAGCUAAUGACCGUACCUAUGAUGUUACAACUGAUAGACAAAAUAACACCGAUGUAUUUGACGACAUGAAACAGCGGUUCCUCGCCUUCAAGAAGCAUAAGUACAUGGAUAACUUGGAACACUUCAAAAAACUGGCAGAUGCUCAAGCUCCAAAGGUAGCUUUAAAAAGUUAUUUGUUCAUGGAUGGCUUGAGAUAUAUCUUCUACUCUAGGGUUUGUCCUUCCGCCAUCCUCGGAUUUCAACCGGGUGAAGCAUUCACUGUUCGUAACAUUGCAAAUUUGGUACCUACAUAUGAGUCUGGACCUACUGAAACAAAAGCUGCUCUCGAGUUCUCUGUGAAUACACUUAAGGUGGAGAACAUCUUAGUCAUUGGUCAUAGCCGCUGUGGAGGAAUCCAAGCUUUGAUGGGCAUGGGAGACGAAGUAGAUUCCAGUAGUUUCAUACAAAACUGGGUAGUUGUGGGGAAAAAGGCAAAGGAAAGCACAAAAGCUGUUGCUUCAGAUCUCCAUUUUGAUCAUCAGUGCCAACAUUGUGAAAAGACGUCGAUAAAUCAUUCGUUAGAAAAGCUGCUUGGUUAUCCAUGGAUAGAAGAGAAAGUGCGGGAAGGAUCACUGUCGCUCCAUGGCGGCUACUAUGAUUUUGUAAACUGUACAUUUGAGAAAUGGACCGUCGAUUAUGAAGGAAGCAGAGGCAAGAAAGAAGGCAGUGGGAUUGCUGUUAAAGACCGGUCACUUUGGUGAUGGCCACAAUCUUCAUAGUUUUGAGAAACACCAGAGAUCCCUUUGGAAUGGGAUCAUCUUCUUUGUUGCUGUUGUGUGUUGAAAUCAUUUCUUAAUUCUACUUGGUUAAAACUUGGGGAGAUCCCUUCAUGGACCAAUGUUUGUGAAUUCAUGUUUCUUCUUUUGGUUUUCUUGAUAAUAAAUCAUUUUUGUCCAUUGUAGUGGAGGUAUACGAAAGAGAGUUUUAUUUGAUCGACUUUGCAAUUCUA